AUAAAACGGCGGGCGACCGUGCACAAUGCAUCAGUCUCACUGUCAAGUAGAGAGGAUACACACAUACAACAUGUACGCCAAACUGUUCAUCCUGUGCGUGUUGGCGGGAGUAGCGCUCGCCCGCGAGUACCCCGCUGGACUGCACCCCGCGGUCUGCCCCAACUACCCCUACUGCGACACCAACACCUUCGCGCGCUUCACCCCCGACGGCAUGCCCAUCCCCGAAUGGGUCUACAACCCAUCCAUACUGCCUGUAGCCCCUGCCGACCCACACGCAAAUGCCGCUCCUAAAUACCCGGCUAACUUCAACGCCGCGGCGUGCCCCAACUACCCCUACUGCUGGUGAACAGAUCUCAACACGUCCCCUCACAAUAAUGUCAGAGUUUCUAAAUGCAAGCUAGCUUUGAUAUUCCCUCCAAAUAUCUAAGCGACGAUCUUUUACAGCCUCAUUUUAUCUGAAACUCUAAGCCAUUAUGUCAACCCCACUGCCAUAACAUUUAAUAUGUGUAAAUAUUCGGGUUACAUUCUAAAAAUGCAUUAAGC